AUCCCGAGGCGUGACCCUGUCCCGGUGCCGUGUCCCUUUCGAGUGUCCCCGUCCCGAGGCGUGUCCCAUUCCCGCCCCCGUUCCCGGGGCGUGUCCCUCUCCCCAGGCUUUUCUCUGUCCCGGUGCCGCGUCCCAUUCCCGUGUCCCGGGGAGUGUCCCCGCACCGCGGCGUGUCCCGUUCUCGCUCCCGCUCCUGUUCCCGCUCCCGGGGCGUGUCCCGGUGCCGUGGGCGGGCCGCUCCGAGGCCGCCAUGGCGCUGAGCGGGACCCUGGCGCUCCGUGUCGCUUACGCGUCCUUCGGUGCCCUGAGCGGUCUCUCGGCCUUCUGCGCCUGGAGCGUCGUGCCCGCGCUGCGCCAGCCCAGCACGGCCGCGGCCGGGGGGCUCUCGGGUGUGCUGGCGCUCUGGGCCCUAAUCACGCAUGUGAUGUACCUGCAGGAUUACUGGAGGACCUGGUUAAAGGGCCUGAGGUUCUUCCUGGCCGUGGGGAUUCUCUUCUCUGCCCUCUCCGGGCUGGGCUUCUGCGCCUUCCUGGCCCUGGCCAUCACCCAGCACCAGUCCCUGACUGACCCCCGGAGUUAUUUCCUCUCCUGCGUCUGGAGUUUCAUGGCUCUCAAGUGGGCGCUGCUGCUCAGCCUGUACUCGCACCGCUACCGGGCCGAGUUCGCCGACAUCAGCAUCCUCAGCGACUUCUGAGCUUCUCCCGGGACGGGAAUUCCCAAAAACUCCCGCGGGAAAGGCCUGAAAUUUUCCCUGAUGUGUCAAGAGCAGCACCAGAAAACAAAACAAAACAAAACAAAACAGGAAAAAAAAAACCAACAAAAAAAACCCAACGGGCUGGAGGAGUCACUGCAACCACUUUGGUGCCUCGUGACCUUUCCAUGAGAAGUUUGGAUCAACCUCCUUCCGAAAAAAAAA